GCCUCCAGUGAGCCAGCCAACCUCUCUCUCUCCCUCUCGCUCGCCCUCUCGCGCGCACGUAGAGGCGCGCGCGCGCGCGCCGCCGCGUCCUCUCGACACACACGUACGAGCACACAUAGGAAUACGUGUAGAGCACACGCGUGCCCGCCAGAGAGCGCGCACAUGCACACGGCCUUCCCUCUCGCUCCAUCCCACCCCGCCGAGCGUCCCUCCUCGUCGCGCGGCGAUCCUGCGAGGAGAGGUCUCCAUCCAGCGCACGACGCGAGAGGGAGUCCGAGUUCCUGGCUCGUCCCUCGCGGCUGCAGUGCGUUCCCAAACAUCCACGAGGCAAGCUCGAGGUGUCCGCACGUACGCACGCACGCACGCACGCAACACCACCGACCACGUUCAAGGACCACGAGGAUCCUUCCUCCUCUUUUCUCGACCGACGGCACGCUCGAUACGCUCCAAGGACACGCGGCGUCGAAUCUUCGGCGCGGUCCACUUCGUUCUCCUCUCCCUCCCCGCUCUCCCUCCCUUCUUCGCGACAGCGAGCAACACAUUAUACGGGAUACACCGCUCGGACCUCGUGUUUCUCGCAUCCGUGCACCCGACCUCGCUCGUGGAGAGGAGGAGAGGAACGAGGAGCCUCGAGUUUCCCGCGCGUGUCACCGCUGUAACUGCCUGUGCUUGUGCUCCGUUUCGAGGGGAUUCGUUCCGCGAGGAUCGUGCGUGCGACGGUGACGGGCCUCGCGACGGAAAAUCGUGCACGCACGGGGCGAGCGCACGGGCCAGCUCGCCGUGGUGAAAAGGGAAGGGUUGUGGAGAGUUGUUAACGGUCGAGGAUCAUCGGUGGAGAGAGCGGCUCCCUCCCAUGGGAGAUGAUUCGAAGGGGAACGAGCGGCGGACGCCAGGUCGGAUGGAGAAGGUAGCAGCGUGACGAGCCGAAGGACGAGAUAUUCCUCGACCGGAUUUCGCGACGAGAGUCAGGGAAGGGGGUGGUGAUACGCUUCCGUGCGCGAGGAGGACUCGAGGAGGAGGUUCGAGGACGGAGCAGCCAGGUGUGCGCGAAUGAGUCCUGUUGAUCCUCGCGUGUGAAACGAAAGGAAGAGGGGUGAAAGGGACGCGAUCGUGUAAAUACAAUCGUGUACGGACGAUGGGUCGAGGACGCCGACUCUGAUCUCUGGGAAGAAGGCGCGUCUCUCUCGGAUGAGAUCUCCUUUUUUCUCCCCCUUCCCCCUUUCUCUCUUCUCCCCUCCUUCCCCCAUUCUUCGUACUCCCUCCCUCGAGCCAUUUUCUCGUGGCUCCCUACACUUUAAUGGAUAAUAAUUCAAGUAACGAAUUAAAUAGUUAUAAUAACGAGUAAUUAAUAAUAAUAAUAAUAAUAAUAAAAGAAUGAUAAUAAAUCGAUUUACGAUACGAAUAAGGACCAUCGAUGAGAAUCGAGCCUCGAACGUGGAGUUAGAGAGAGAGAGAGAGAGAGAAAGAAAAUUCUAAUUAGAUUCUAACCUAUGUGUAAACGUAUAUAGAUAAACUCGUUUUUACGAAUCAAUCUGGUGUGCGCGAUUACGUGUGCGUGUGUCUGUGCGUGCGUAGAGUCGAAAUAAUCGAAUAAAUACACAAAUAAAUAAAUAAAUAAAUCUGUGUCGCGCGCGUUUCUUUUCGUUUUUUCCUCCCUCGUCGUCGUCGUCGUCGUCGCGUGUGUAGUUUCCAUUUCUAUUUUUCUCCCCUCGCGUUAACAGGGCGAGUUUGGACGCGUGUUUAACUCGUAAACAAUUCGCAAAAAAAAAAAAAAGAAAAAAAAACGAAAAAAAAGUCGCAAGUCGGAGCAGUACGGGUAUAUAGUAUCCAAGCGCUUAACCUUUUUUAGCCGUGGCGCGUUAAUUAAUUAACUUGGAGGGCGUAUCGUUUCGAGAAACGGGCGGGCGGCAGCGUCGAGAGUCGCGAAAUAUCUCGACUUGUCCGAGCGAGUAUCGAGUAUCGUGAGUGUCGCGCUACAUAUGCCUCGGUGUCGAUUCCAAACCCGAUAAAUUUCGCGGGAGAAAGAGAGGAGAGAGAGAGAAAAGAUCGAGGCGCGAAUCGUCGUGGAAAGGUGUUCUCUCUCGAGCCAAGAUCGAGAUCGAAUUAAAUCUUAGGGGAGAAGUUGAGAAAAAGAAGAAGAAAGAAAAAGGGGGACCAAUUUUUCACGCCCAUUCUCCACUCUCCGGGUUUCUAGUUUCUACUCCUCCGCAUCGCCGACCUCUUUUACUCCACACUGUACGUCCGCAAUACCUGACUAAUAAACCCCGUAUCGUCCACGCCUUUAUCCCCUUUCCGGGAUUAUCCGUGAAUCACUCUCUACACGUAUCCUUCUCCGUAUUAACUCCGUGGAGAUCGGGGAAUACGCGAGAGUCCGCGACUCACGCAAGCAAUAAAUCAAGGGCCAAACUCUGUGACGACAGCACACCACAUAGAUAGGGUGAACAGGUGGUGGUAUGCAGCGAUCGAGCGAUACGUAAAGAAAGGAAGGAAAGAAGAAAAUAGAGAAAAAGAGACAUUCGUGCGUCGAUCGAAGACAGAUAUACAAAAUCGAAUACGAAAGAGGCGAUCGAAUAAUUAAAAUUGAAGGGAGAACGGAGUAUCAUUGCACGCGUGGAGCGGUUUUACCUCCGCCUCUCUUCUCUCUCUUUCUUUCUCUCUCUCUCUUUUCCCCACUCUCCGACUGUCCGAAGAGAAGAACUCGAGAGAGAGGGAGAGAGAGGAAGGAAGGAAGGAAAGGAUCGAAGCGGGGAAUCCCCGAUCGAGAGAGAGAGAGAGAGAGGGAAAAGAGCUCGGCAUUGUCCCGUUUUUAACGACGAUGACAUUAUCCUGAAACGGGCAUGACGCCCCUGCCCUCGAGAUGCGACGAGACCACCACCAUCCUGCUGCUCCUCCUACUCGAGCUUGCACCAGGUGCACGCUGCUACUCGCGCGCGGCCACCACGCCCGCCUCGACUUUGUCGAGAUAGCAUCUACAGUCGACGGCGAGGGUGCGAGUGAUGCCGCUCCUCGGCACCAUUAUGACCAUCGACGCCGCCGGUAGUCCGACUACGGCGUCCAACAGCGUCCUCGACGAGAACAUGACGUGGCCUCGGCCAACCGGUGGCUAUUCGUCUUCCACUAACGAGGCACACGCGAUCGACACCGUGACCAUCCUCACCGACCACCGCCACCGACGACUGUCCACGACCGAACCCGACCACGUGGCCACGACGCUCGUCGAUCCUGCUACCGGCCCAAUACCCAGCGUCCCGGCCGAUCGCCGACCACCGGCCGCCGAGGAGGAACAACCGAUCGCCGCCGUUCCUCUUCCGCCGAUUACCACCACCGACCACCGCCUUCCGACCGAGGAGAUCGAGAUCGAGAUCGAGAUCGAAAGAGGGACGACAUCGGGCGGAGGACUACGGGCGGAGGAGGAGGAGGAGAAGGAGGAGGAUUGUGCCUGCGGGGGAUACGAGGACACGAUUCCCUUGCUCGUGGCCGGCGAGGAUCUCGAGCGGGCCGGCAACGGGAGCGUGGACGGCAGCAGCCCGGCAUCGAGAAGCAUCAUCGAGGAAACUAGCACGGGGGUCGUUGGUACGAGCACGAGCACGGAUCGGGAAGACGUGGAAGGAUUGAGGGAGUUGGAGGUGCUGUUCGGGUUGAACGGCAUAAUGGAGGACCUGGAUGGAUCGUUCAACGACUCUUUCAACGAGAGUCUAUUGUUCCCGUGCAACGGUAGCCUGUGCAACGAGACGUACGUGGUGCUCGGGGAGAGCCUGUACCCGUCCGGGUACACGAUCCUUCAAAUAGUUCUGGCGUCCGUCCUUGUCACGCUGUUGAUGAUCGUGAUCGUGGUCGGGAACAUGCUUGUGAUAAUCGCGAUCGCGACCGAGAAGGCGCUCAAGAACAUACAGAAUUGGUUCAUAGCGAGUUUGGCGGUGGCCGAUUUCUUCUUGGGCCUCGUGAUCAUGCCUUUCUCGCUGGCCAACGAGAUCAUGGGAUAUUGGAUCUUUGGGUACUGGUGGUGCGACAUUUACUCGGCCAUGGACGUGUUGCUGUGCACGGCGAGCAUCAUGAACUUGUGUCUGAUAAGCUUGGACAGGUACUGGAGCAUCACGCAGGCGGUGGAUUAUCUGAAGAAGAGAACUCCCGCAAGAGCGGCCCUCAUGAUCGCGCUCGUGUGGCUCCUGUCCGCCCUCGUUUGCAUCCCUCCCCUCCUCGGAUGGAAGAGACCCACGCCGGCUGAAGAGUAUCCCAAGUGUAAGCUUUCAGAGGACAUAGGCUACGUGCUCUACUCGGCGCUCGGCAGCUUCUACAUCCCCUCGUGCAUCAUGGUGUUCGUGUACAUACGCAUUUACUUCGCGGCGAAGGCGCGGGCGCGCCGCGGGAUCCGGAAGCCGCGUCCACGCGCGGCUGUGCCACCCGAGUCGCCGGACGUCAGGCAGACGAGCUUCACGCAGAGCACGCCCGCCACCGAGGCCAAGAAACCGCCUCCCGGCUCCGCCAUGGAGAACGUCGCCACCAUCGAGAACCAGCCCGUUCAAAUACCCAUCGUCACGUGCGACUUCGCCAGCGACGUGAGCACCUCCGAGGCGGAUCCCGGAGGGGGGAGCAGCAUCCCCAUGGAAGAGAAGGACACGCUCAAGGUGACGAUGCCGGUUCCGGUGCAAAAGAGCAGCCUGAAGGCGACGCUGUCCGUGAACGGUGACGGGCAGCAGUCGAGCGUCCCGUCCCGAUGCAGGGCGCCCAGCGUCGGCAUCGACGUCGACAUGGUGUCCGAGUUCGAUCCGUCGUCGUCGGACAGCGGCGUCGUUUCGAGGUGCGCGGUCGUCAAGCCGCUCAAGCUUCGCCUCUGCCAGCCCAUUUUCGGCCGGAGGAACAUCGGCAAGCUGAGGAGGGAGCACGGGGGGGACGGAGGGCGCGCGUCAGGCAAGGACGACGCGGGCGGCGAGGCGAAGUCGUCCAAGCCGCGGGACCCGGAGAGAGAGAAGAGGAGACUGGCGAGGAAGAAGGAGAAACGGGCCACGUUGAUACUCGGCUUCAUAAUGGGCAGCUUCAUCGCUUGCUGGCUGCCGUUCUUCGUCCUCUACAUCGCGAAACCUCUUUUCCCCAACGUCAAGAUACCGAUCCAGGCGUUCGUGAUCGCGUUCUGGCUCGGCUACAUGAACUCUGCCCUCAACCCCUUCAUUUACACCGUCUUCAACAAGGACUUCCGCCGCGCUUUCCGCAGGAUACUCUUCAAAUAAUCCCGUCGUCCCUGGACGAACGUGCGCGAACCAGUUCUUCCAGGUAAAAGAAACGAGAAUCGCGGGGCGUGCGGAUCGCUCUCGCGAUUGGACCGGGGUGGAACGUCGAUCGUAGGAUCCAGCAAGAGCAUUUGAAGGGAGAAAGGCGGUGUCGUUCGAUUCGUUGAAAAGAAACUCUCUCUCAGAGAGAGAGAGAGAGAGAGGGAGUUCAGAAAUACGUUAUUCUCCUUUUCUACGAAUUUAAACUCGAACUGCGUAGCACACCAGAUUGGACGGCGAUUCGUGCGAGACGAGAAAAAGCGCGUUCUCUUCCAGGAGCUACGUCGAACCACGAUGAAUCUUUCGAUUGUGAUCCGAGGCCGCCGUGUUUGGCCAACAGCUGCCGCUUCCCGGGACGCGCAACUUCCGACUGCUUGUCGAUUCGACGUGACGCCAUCGGAAGACGGAUGGAAUUCGGGCGAAAGAGGGGGGAAAAGUGUCCAAGACGUUCCUUGAUUUACGGAGAUCGCGAGAUCGAGCCUUCCCCAUCCUCCCGCCCAUCCUCGCGCCGUCUAUCUUUCUAUCCCCCGACGGGGGAGGAGAAGAAGAGAAACGGGAAACACGCGGCCUGCCCUCCCAUAUUCCGUGUAAGCAAAAGUAUAUUCCUCCCUCUCCGAGUUCCUUGCACGGCCAGCUCGGCCCGAUUGUAAAAUUAAACGUCGCGACAAUCCACUUAAUUAUCCAUGUAUCGUGAAUGUAGAUAUGUAUAGCAUACGCGUGCGUGUAUAUAAUGCCCCGCGUAGGAGUUUUCCGUAUAUCGAGGAUAUAUAUCUGUAUAUAUCCGUCUAUCUAUGUACAUGUAUAUAUCUUCAAUACGAAUCGUAGGGGAGCGUGGGUGACCGAGAAAGAGGACACCUCCGUCGCGUCUAGUUUCGCUCGAUUUCACGUCGAAAUUAUUCUUCGAUUCGUGUAUUUGAAAUUUCCGAUGCGCGAGUAAUAGGAUACCAAGUUUUCUUCGAGAAGAGAGAGAGAGAGAAUCGCGACGAGUGUGUGUGCGUGUGUGCGUGUGUGUGUGAGGAAAGACGAAAAGCGACGAAAGAAAGAGGGAGAGACGCGAUUUCUCUCGCCCCGAUCGAAGUGAUUUUUCGGGGAGGAACGAAACUGGCGAUAUUCGUCACAUCGGGAGGCACGAUCUCACGGAGGGAUCUCGAAGCGAGACGAAGAGAGCGAUGAUCGGUGAACGAUCGUCAUUGGAAUCGAACGAAAGCACGUCGUCCGUUAUAAAUAGACGCGUGCAUUUAAGGGGCGUGUAAUCGUUUUAAACCGCGUCUUUUUUCCCGAUUUUAUCGAUUUAAAGAGUAAUAAGAGUAUGUAACGUAUUAUUAAAAUGACGAGAAGGGGGAAAUCGAGUGUGGAAAGGGAAAGGGGAUGGGGUGAAGACUUGGACUUUGAUUGUUUUGACGAUCGAUUUGGAUGGUGGGAUCAGAUGGUCGAAUAUUAAAAGCAAGGGUGCGAGGGGGGGUUAAUAAUCAGUGGCCAGCAUCGGCCGGCUAUUCGCAGCGUCGGAGUGUUAUUGCGCGUUUAACGUCACGCAUCAGCAAUAAACAAGUAACAAGUUGUUUAUAUACGAGGGAGGCAUACGUAUUUUGCAAUAAAAUGAAAUUGAACAAACACCUAGUUAAUAAUAAUUAUUAUUCGUGCCACUAUCGAGAGGAUAUGGAAGGGUUGCUGUUGUCGUUAAAUGGACGCGUUUCUAAUUAAAAUAUGUACAAUAGAAUUCCAUUCGAUAAAAUUCCAUUCAACGGAACGAAAUUUUCGUAAUUAAGCGAACUCUGCCCGAGAGUUUCCUAUUAUCUGGAUUAGUUGUAAGCGUCGCUCGAAUCAUACGUCUCUGCUACAAAUGAAAAUAUAAAUACAACGACGUAAAUAGAAGGAUGAGCCACGUUGGGGAACGUGUUACGUGAUUAAAUUCACGUACGGUCAAUUACAAACAUCUGUAUACAUCUUGAAAAUUUUGAUUUCACGACACAAACAGCGUACAACGUACGGUUGUACGUGGAGCAAUUGAUUUUUCGACGAAGAAUCGACAUUUUUUUAUCGUUUUUCAUGCAAUUUCGACUGAAAAAUACUCUUUUUUUUUUCUUUACAACAGGAUGUCGAAAGGACAAACUUGAAACUCAAAGUGAUAUUAUACAGAUAUUAGAAAAUUUCUCUGUGUAUAGUCCAUUGUGAUCUACCAUUACAUCUCAUCUAAUCUAAGCCCGAAUUCCGUAAUUUAUUUGAAAAUUACAACGAGCGAAGGAAUUCAGUGAACAAUUACACCAACUCCAUGUGAAUGGAAUUCCACCAUGCAAAAAUAUAUACCAUUGAAAUCCCACCGAUGUUUAUUCGUUCUCGCGUAGUUGAACGUGCGACGACUUUAAAAAAUUCGCACGAAAAGAAUAAGCGAAAACCGAGAGGAGCAAUGUUUGUUCGGCAAGGAUAAAUUUCGAUAUAUGAAAUAUUCAAUUUGGUUGCUCCCGUUUAAAGAUAAACGCCCAGUUUUAUUUGUUUAUUGACGCCGCCAACACGAAGGAGAGACCUGCGCCGUUUCAAUUAUUACGCAGCAUUACGCAAUGUUUUUGCGCCAAUUCGCGAUCGUUUUAUAAUUUAACGCCUGCUCGUCGAGAUGUCGAAUCUAUCCUCGAAAUCGAUCAAACUUAACGGCUCAAAAAUCUUCCCUUUUUUCGACCGCAGAUACACUUUGCAUAAAUUAGAUCAAUUUUCAAAAAGAUAUUUGAAAUCGUACAUUUUUAUUGGAGGUAUAAUUUUUUGAAAUUUGGCGAGAUCGAGCAGCCGAAUUUCAAAAUAUCAAAAUUUAUCGAUCUUUUGCACUCCAUUGUUCUUCGCUUUGAGGAGAUAUCGUAAAUCUGGCAAACUUGGAUAUUAAAAAAAACACAAUGCAAAGGAUUAAAAAUUGCAACGAGCGAAACGAAAAAUACUACUUCCGAAAAAGGAAACAGAAACAGAGAGUUUCGAGUUAGAAAAAAUAGCAAAAAGAUUGAUAAAAAGGAUAAUUUUCCUUUCUUCUUGAUUAAUUUUUUGAAGUUGCACGCAAAGUAUUCCAUGUUCCACGAAACAUCGGCACACUUUCUCCACCGAUCCAGGGAUCGGCCGAAACGAAUCAAAGAGGAGCAUUGCUCGUAAAUCGAAAAGGGCGGCCCCACCCACGUCGGGACAAAAUUUCGGGAAACAAUUUCCCCUGGUACUUUUCCACCGUUGCAUUCAAUCUGCCCUUUCUAUUUCGCAGAUUAAAGAUCAUCCUCGCCGUUUGGCCGCGAGGAACACGAACAGAAAAAAUUACUCUGGAAUUUCUGUGUGAAGGCAACGGUUCGAAAUCCGGCUAUUUUCGGUCCGGGAUUAGGAGUUAAGAGCCAUGAUACGUUUCACGCGGCCAACACAGUAUGCCAUACCGUACCAUAUCCCGAACAUUGCUUUGCGAUCUUGUACAAAUUGCGGGACAAAAUUUCUGUUCGGAGGAACUGGACAGGUCCGUAUUUCGAAAAAGCUUUCAGAGAACGAAGCGAACCGUGGUAUUAGGAGUAUUAAAUAAGAGAAAUUUCAUUUCGAACGUUUCUAUCGAACUAUUUUGAAUGUAGAACUCUUUUCGUUUAAGCGAAAUUUUAAUAACGAUUGUUAGCUGAUCGGGCUCGCAUCAACACGAAUAUAUACAUAUAAUUUAUCGAUUACAACUGUGUCGUCGCUUUUCACUCAUAUAAGAUCGACAAAUUAACGACAAUUCUACUCUUCUUUCUUUCUUUUAGAGCCCGUUGGUUGCCUGUUCGGUUCGAAACUGAACCUUCUCGAUAUCGAAUUUCAUUCGGGUAAAAAUAUUUCGUCGUAAAUGAAGUUUCUUUCUUCUUGUCCGAAGAGCGAGUGCAUUUUUCGCGUAACAUCGGCUCUGGAUGACCAGUGGCGUCUAAUUUACGAAUUAACCGCGGCCUCUUCACAGCCGGCUGUACAUGUGCGACACGCGUGCACACGCAACGCGCUACAACGAUAAAUCAAUAAAGCGUGCAUACAUACGUCGUGAUGCACACGUGCGCCUGUGGCUUCCUCCGUUAUCUCUCUGUCUCUUUCAAGCUCGACGCGUUGCACGAGUGUAACUGGGGCAAAGUGUCGAGGGAACGGACAAACGAGACGGUUCCUCGAGUGUAUCAAUAAGAGCCGAUAAGAUUGAGUAACUGGAUGGAUUAUUAGCGUAUGGAUCAAUGGGAUAGAUACGGUUUGAUAGAUUUUUCUCGAUUUUUGUUCAGCGGCGGAUAAAAGGGAUUGAAAAAGAUCGAUGUAUAAUUUUUCGAACGAGGCGCAAACGCAUUACGAUUAAUCAACGGUGGAAGAAUAGCAGGGAGGAGGAGGGAACAGAUUUUUCACAGCCGAUUUAUAGAAAAUUGAUCUCAAAUGUUUCGAGAAACGUGACAAGCGUUCGUUAUUUUUCAUCGGGCCCCGAAAGUUUUUAUCGGAAGUAUUUUAUCAAAUGGAGAUUGUCCGACGGUGAGUUUUAUCUUCGAAGCGACGUCCGAGAAUUCUCGAGAAUUUUGCUUUACACUGCAUCAGGCUUCGUCUCGAGAGUGUUUCUCUCGAGUGGCCGACACCGGAAUUGGACGAUGAUCGUUCGAGAGUAAUCUUUUUACUUUCAAAGCGAGAUCUCUCGAGAGAUUACACCCAAUAAUUCGAGAGUUGCUCUCGAAACUGAAGAAUAAUAAUGCUCCACCGAGUCUAAUCCCCGAUCCGUUUCCCAUGUUUUCACUUUGAAAAUAUAACGUCAAAUAAAUUAAAAUACCGGGCAUGGAGAAAAAUGGAUGGAUCUUUUCCCUUUUUCGAUAUCCAAACAGGAAUCCUCCUCAACCCUCGUCCGAUCCUCCGCGAAAUAUUACAUCGCAUACUUUGUAAAUCUUCGUAUUAGACGGACGACCGGAUUCUCGGGAAUUUAUCGUGCACGAAAUAAAAGGGCUGGAGAUGAGACCCCCUCCCCUUCCACAGAUAUUAUGUUCUCGUACGCGUAAACGAAAGCCGGAUACGGAUACGUGUAACAGAGCGGAAUUUACGUUCUAACCGCGAGACAGGAUGCACGGUAAUAUUUUAGACGAUCAAGCAUCGAUGCGUCGCGCUUUUCUCUCCUCCCUGAUCUGCUCUCUCUCCCCCACAGUCCUCCGGUAUUUCCAAUAGCUAUACAUACAGUUUCUCACUAUGAAUCUCGUGCGAAUCACGUUUUCGAUCGCGUGAUUUAUUUCCCAGUAAUUUCGAGCUGGAGAGACAGAGAGGCUUCUCGUUUCUUCUUCGAUUUUUCUCCCUUUGUUUAUUUAUUCCUUUCUUUUAUUUUGUUUUAUUUUAUUUUAUCGUUCGCCGUGUUUCUCCUUCAAAGGAAAGCAAGAACGAAAAUCGUCGAAAAAGAUUCUAUCUAUCUUUAAAAUAGCGAAGGAUCGAUAUUUAUGUAUAUAUAUAUAUAUCGCGGCAAUAGGGAGGAGUGAAAGAAUCGUCGAAACGUUUCUCCUCGUUGUUAGUUUCUUAAUUAGAUCGAUGUAAGUUGUAAGCGAGCUGUCGAAACCGAGAUUCGACUUUUUCCUGUAAACAAAACGAGUAACAACUACUUGUGUAAGAUACUUGCGUAAGAUUGAUGAAAAAAAAAAAAAAACUACGCUAGCGUGUAAAAAGAAGAGGCUUGCUUCGCUGAGAGCGAGGAGAAUGGGGGUAGAAAGAGAAAAAAUUAAAAAACAAAAAAAAAAGAAAGAAAGAAAAAAGGGAAAAAUACCGUGAAUCCGUAAAAAGCAACGUACUAAGUAAUUAUGAAUAACGUAAUGUCGUUUAUCAAUUAAAUAAUGUUAACGAAAACUACGUGUACGUCGGCGAUCUCGCCUUAGGCGGUCGGCCGAGAUUUUUUGCAAACCAAAUUUUUUCCAUGAAUCUCUCUGUGUGUGUGUCAGUAACUUAAUUAUCUUACCAUACGUACACACGUACGAUGUUAAAUUAAGCGGUAAGAAUAAGAGAAAUUUUGCAUUUUUCGAAGCGAAAGGAUGUGUGAAGGAGUUUACACGAGGACAGUAAGCCACGUGUGUACGUGCGACGAAAGGGAAAGCGAUUUCGAUGGUGUUGAUUCAAUUAAAAAAUAAAAAAAAAAUAAAAAAAAAAAAAAAAUGUUAGAAAAGAAAAUGUUUUAAGAAGCAAGAACGAUCAUUCUAAUUAAUUAAAAUUAAUAUUCGUAACGUUCGUACCGUCUUUGAAUCUAAGCGACACGUUGUCGAGAGAAAUUAAAUAAUGAAUUAACGAACGACACGAUACUUUGUAUUUAUACACAUUGUACACAGAUAUGUAUAUUGUUACUAAUAUUAUUCUUAUUAUUAUUAACAGAUUACCAUUAUUCUUAUUAUCGCCAUUCGUCAUUCUCGUUCUUAUUACCAUCGAUCAUUCUUAUAUACACGCAUAUAUAUAAAUAUAUAUAUACAUAUAGUAUACAUAAUAAAAUAAUCCAGCGUCGCCCUAAGGAUCCAACGAUCGAACUUUGAAAUUAUUAUUUCUUAACCGUGGAGCGGCCAUUACCCCUUUGAUUUUGAGGCAGAGCGAGAUCGUUCGUUCACGUCCAAAUUUUCCAAAAUUUUUUUCGUUUUUCCCAAAUUUCUAAAAAUAUUCCGUUCCGGGCAUCAGAGCCUUGGUAUAACCAAGAGAAACUGGUACAUUUCACUCCGAAUCGCCGACUAAAAAGUUGAAUUAAUUAUCUCUGGCAACCCAGGCUUAUCGACUCUCGGUUGCCUUCAACUUUGUAAACUUUACAUUCGUAUAAUCUUUCCAUUAAUAAUACAUUUGCGGAGAGAAUUUAUGCAAACUAAACAGUCAAUUGAAUUUCCACCGCAUUAAAUGUACAACUAUUUCAACAUAUAUAUAUAUAUAUACGUCGAAUAAUUAAUUUGACCUGGACCUCCAUUUUCCUCUUCUUAAAACUCCAUCUUUAUCUAUUUACCAUUAUCAUUAUAACGUUAAACGAAAUGUUUGAAUAAUUUGUUAAAUACGUUUAAUUCAAUUCCCACAGAUCGCUCCGUAUCUUUAAAUUGGCAUAGAUUUCGUGAAUUAAUUUAAUUUUGUCGAUCGAUUCGAUAAAUUAUUUAACAUACAUGUUCGCGCUUUCGUUCAACUUUUGAUUUCAAUGUAUCUUUCUAAUAAUAAUAUUAUCCAAUGGUAAAUACACGGAAUAACAAUAAUCCAAUUGUAUUACAAAGAUAUUUUGAUGAAAAGAAUCAACGAAAUUUAAUUUAGUUUGAGAAAUAAUCCGAACGAUCUCGCGCUAGGGGCCGCGAAACGAUCUCUAUCGAUAAUAUAUUGGAGCAAUGAAAUCACUGUGAUAUCACUAAAACGCUUUCAAGGUGUGUGUUGGGAUCGACGAUUACUACCAUACUCGCCAGGCUGGGCGUGGUUACGUUUCUAAUUAAUUAAUUGCAGAAAUGGAUUAGAUAUUUGCGAGGAAGGAAAGACAGAGAGAGAGAGGGAGAGAGAGAAAGAGAAGAAAAUAAGAUUUAUGGUAUCGAUUAUCGUAAAUUAUUGUAAAUCAUAUUAUAUUGUAUAUACGUAUAUAUACUUAUUAUAUAUACAUAUACAUAUACACAUAGAGUGUACCUAUAUAUUACGGAUUACUAUUAAUAUCACUAAAGACUACUGUCAUCGUAUUAUUACCGUCGUUGUUAGCCGACAUUACUAUCGAUGCAACAAGUUCUACUGUCUAAUAGCGUUGUUCGUCUGUCGCGGAAAGAGAGUGCAGCUAUCAAAACCGAGAACGCAAGAAUUAAAAUACAGUUAGCCGAACGAUACGAUAUUUCUGUCAACGAUGUUUAGUGUACGAAGCCCGACAGAGCGGAAAAAAUCCCGUUUCCGGAAAAAAUUCUCCGCCGGAAACGCGACCAAGGACAAUCGGUUCCGGUUCGUUCCGAUUUUUCUUCGAAUAGUAGAUUAUUUCUAGUGUACGAGCCAAUGCUGUUCAGCAAUUGUCCGGCCAACGUCGGUCAACCUCGGCCAACGUCGGUGAGUCUCGGCCAAUUUCGGACAAUUUCGGCAAUGCGAUAGGCCCGCGCAAGGCCUAAAGUCUUAAGCUUCUACUACUACGCGAAUCGUCUGCCUUUAAUCCUUCGUCCUCGAUUCUUCUCGUAGGCAAAAACUAAACAGUCUGAACAGCAGUGGCGUAUAAGCGAAUACGAUCUUUCUCCGAAAUUGCCAUCGAUCGCCGAUAAAGGAAAAGAAACGAAGGAGGCGUUGUGUAAUCCGUUGAAAAUAAAAAUGAAAAAGAAGAAGAAGAAGAAUUCUAUCCAGUGACAAUAGCGAGCACGCGAUUAAACGAAACGCGAACCAACUGUCAGCGGUCGAAAUUAUCCGAAGGGCGAUCAUUGCGAGGUGAAAAAGCACGAUGUUGCAGUUCGUUCGCAGCGAAUGGAAUUUAACGAGCGUAUUCGUCCGUGUUCGUCCGAAGCGCAGUUUCAUUCGGCCUCGAGGCAAUCGAAAAAUAAUUUUUUACCUUUCGCACGGUCGCCCUUCGCAGGGAUCAGGCUCGAUCGCGUGGCAACGAGCGCUCUUAUUCUGUUCUAUGAACAGACACCAUCGUUCGCCGGACGCCUCGAUCCGGGAAUAAUCGAUCACCAAUGCGGUAAUUAAAAUUGUUCAACGAAACUUCGAACACAAUUAUUCCACCGGUAUAAAUAAUUCAUUAUCAUAUUUGAUCGCCGAUGUCCGUUUUAAUCCGAUUCGCACACAACGAGGAGUGUGUAAUUUAAUACAUUCUCGGAUCGAGGAUUUCAUGCGUUGCGUGUCAGAACGAUUGCAAUACGAGUCUGGAAAAACACCUUCUCGAUUUUAUACUCCCGAGGAUCGUUACUAUCGUUACUAACCCUUAUGCCGAAAUUAAUCAACAUCGCUCGAUUCCAUUAUUCCACACAAAAACUGUAAUUUUGAAAUCCAAAUCGAUAGCAGAUCGAUAGGAAAUAGGCGAGAGUAGAAAAUUUGACGCAAAUUUUAAGAUCGAUCUCAAUUAAAAGGAUACCUACUGCGAUUCAAAUGCAUUCGUAAGACCGCAGUUACUGUUCCGAUACGGUAAAAAUUCGAUUCCCUAUUGCUGCAGUCACGAAAAGGUCAAAUUAUUUCGAGCUCUGCGAUGUCAAGAUAUUAUAUCUCGAAGAGCAUGUGUCUCUCUCCCUCCCUCUCUCUCUCUCUCUCUACCACAAACUUUAAUUUGGAUACGCUGCUAUCCAAAGGGACUAUCCAUCUAAAGAUCUUCCCUGUGCAGAUAAAAUGGUAUCGACAUAAGGGUUAAAGCAGCGACAAGCACGCAUCCACCGAUCACUUCGAAACAAUGGGUGAACAAUCAUCGGACGAAGAACGAUACAAGCGGCCACGCCGCGAUACGAGCGUUCCCUCGUCACCCCUUUCCUGCUCGAGAAUGCGAGGUCGUGUCGAUCGAUGUGUAAAUCGGGGUGUAAUACCUCCGUUCCAGAUCUAUUCCAAGCUCUAACUAACUAAUUCCUCCUGGAACGGGGUACGAAACAGUACCAAUGCGAUCUCCCCCCUAGCGAUUCAUUCGAGAAAUGCACGGAACCCGCACAGCCGCGAUUCUAACGUGAAUCAAAAUUUCCAAUUACCGCUAAGUCACGCUAAGACUCAUCGAUCACUAUAUACCGCCUAUUGCAUAGGCAUUUCCGUUUUUAUUUUUUAAACUAUACUGUUCAUCCACCGCGAGGGAGCGAUUUAUCCUUACUGGUAGUUGGAUUAACGAGCUUUCGUCUUGAUCGAUCUCGAUAUUCGUUGUUUAGUGAUGUUAAUUGUAAAAAAAGGUUUUUCGAGAGAGAGAAAGAGAGAGAGGGGGGAGGGAAAAGAAAGAAGAACUAACCUAAUGCGAUUCAACAACGCGAACUGUGAAUCGAUUUUUCUACCUUCUUUUUAUUCCAUCUCGUUUUCUCUUCAAAACGCGUGCAAUCAUUAUUCUCGAAGCGACGAUUAUUACUUACGCAGCAAUAAAAAAAAUCAACCUACUUUGUAAAAUCAAACAUCAAUCGCACGCAGACACACACACACACACACAGGCCAGAUAAAUCGAACAACGUUCAGCCUGAGAAUAACUUUCUUUCGAAUGUAUUUUCGUCACGUGUGUUGGUAAGAAUCCGUGAACGAGAAAUUUAUGUUUUCGAUGCAGUGAUUCCGUAUCCAAGAGAACCAAAGCAAUUCAAAUUGUUUCCUACAUAAUUUUUCUACGGUACGAAGUAGCUGAUCAACGCGUAGAAUUAUUAAAUGGAUCGAAAUGAUGAGUUUCAGAUUUUUCUAUUUAUGCAUUUAUGAGAAACUUAAAUAUAUAAGUGAAAAUAGAAGAAUAUAUGAAGUAUCUAAAAUAAAAUAUUGAUUACGAUUAUUCUGAAGAAUGAAUCUAAUUUUUAUUCGUGGAUUUCUAUAACUCUGAUCGCGUAGAUCUAACGACAAUUGAUAAAAGUAAUAGUUAAUUAGAAAAGAAUUAUUAUUUGAACAACUUGGAUAUUCACGAGAUUUACAAAUUCCGACAAAUCUCUUAUAAUUAAAACUAAUCUUUCAAAAUUCCAACGUUCACGGAUUCUUACGUCGUCGUGCACUAAAGACACCGCGUGGGCCGGAAAGAACACCAAAAACCGCGUAAGCGCAACGUUAAACGCUUCGUUUCGAGGCAAAAACGAAACAAACAAAUAAAAAAAAAAAAGAAAAAGCGAUUCAAGAAGCAGGAAUCUCGAUGGGCGCAGAAAUUCGUUUCACGUCAAGUUUAAUCUAUAAAAGUCUUCCAUUCCUUCCUCAACGUGUAUUCGUCUAUUCGGCUGAUUGGUCACCGAGUGAUGAAAGCUGGUAAAAAGCGGCGAAAACUGGGCGCAUCGACCGGUUCCCGACAAACUCUCGAGGUCCGACCGGAAAAUCGAUCCGAUUCUCACGCGCCAAAUAUUUACCAUCCUUAAUUUUAGGAAAAUCACAAUUUGACGCCAGAUUUCGCGCGAAACACAACGCGUUAAUUGCAUUUUCCACGUUCAAAUAUUUUCGUCCGGUUACGAUCUCGCAUGUGUAUGCAAAACGGAGUAAGUAAAGCAAAAUGCUUCAGAUAGUAAGAGUUUAAAGAAGACGCGUAAAUUGUUUCCUUUCCGAGAAUAUAUAUAAAAUGAGAGAAAUAUUUCUUCUCAUCUUGCGGUUUUACGCGAAUUAUUAUUAUCGUAGAAUUAAUUUUUCUUCCCACUUGCAAGCAACUUCUUUCGUUACUUUUUUCUAUAAAUCGAUAGAGGCUAAAUUUUGUAUUCAUAUUGUUUCUUUAUCGGGAAAUAUAUUUUCGUUUCUUCGUCUUUACGAAAAUUAGGAUAAGACGAUAUUCGAAAUUGGAUCGUAUCCAGUUCUGUGGCAUUCUGUGCGAGAAAAAAAAUGGGGAGGGGAGUGGACGAUCGAAAAUUCGCUGAACUACGAUGGGGAAAAAAGAAAAUAAAGGAAAUCUCGUCGGAGGGAAAACUAAUUCCGGCCGGCGAAUGUAAUCGAAUCGGUGUAAGUCGGUUACGGUGAUUCAGACCAGUUUUCGAUUCCGAUUCCCACCGAGGAGAGACAAUAACGGUCCAAGGAAUAUAAUGGAUUUUAUACGCGAUCUCCUGGUUCGCGUCGCUCUUUCAAUUUGUUUGCGGCUAUUUCUCGCGGAGAAAAGACAGAGCGCGGAAUGGACCGUGUCUAAUUUCACUUCGUUAGGAAAUUCGUUCUUGUUUAAUGAAGUUAGUAAUUCGCAGACGGACGAGGAAUCGAGGUGUUCGCCUUCUAUCACGAGCUAUUCGCAAUUUGUGAUACAUUCAAGAUAUAACGCAUUGGCAAUUUUCUUUUUCGCAAAUUUAAAAAAUCUACCAAGACAACAUCGUAGCGAAAUUAUGUUUAACCACAGGAUCUUUUGCAAGAGGAAAGAGAAAAAUUCAACGGAGGCUAACAUAAAAUGCAUUCUACUACGAACAAAAGCUAUUUAUGAAUUAACCGUUUUUCAAUAAUCUAAAUAUAUUUCCCGGACGUGGACCGUUUUUUACUUAACAAAAGGCGAACAUCGUUUCGUUUCUUCGUGAAAACGUGGCGAAUUUGAAAGAGAGAAAGAGAGAGAGAGAAAGAAAUAUCUUACUCUUUCAAUUAAGAUAAAACGGAUAAAUAAGAAUCGUAGAGAAAGAUCGCAUUAUCUCCGGACUCGACAAUACCGUAAUUUAUCAUGCGAAAAAAUAAGCCAGAUGCUGUGGUAAUCGGCACGGAUAUUCCGGCCGACCUCGACUGGGUGCCCGAGGUAAAUCGAUUCCAGCGAAACUCUCGGCCGUCCACGAAUAAUAGAUCCGUUCCCCUCCUCCGUGGAAAAAAAUUUCACGCAAUUUCGUUCACGUGAUUAAAAUCGUUUCGCGGUUUCCCGUGGCGCGCGAGCGAAACGGAACAACGAGCAGGAACAAAGAGGGGGAGAAUAGAUGGAUUUUUUUCAAGAACGAAAGCUACUUGUUGCGUGGCGCAGAACCAAUGAAAUUUCCGGUGAAAAUUUAACGAAUGUAUUCGCGAGAACGUAUACACGUCGACGAAUUGCUCCGAUACCCGUACAGAGUUUCCAGAGUUUUCGCAAUUUUCGGGAAAAAUUGGGGGCCGAUAGAAAGGGGAGAGGAAAAAAAAAAAGGAAAAGAAAAAAAUCGAUACCGCCGCUCGUUUCGAGGCGACUCGAGAUUAUCUCGUCGUGAACCGGCGAUUCCGCCACGAUCCCGGAAACCGAUCUUAUUUCCUGGAUAAGUCCUGCUUUGAAGCGGAUAACGGACGGGGAAAAGGGAAGGAAAUCGAGGGAAUCGCGCGUUGCUCGCGUCUCGAGCUCCCCCGAUUUUUCAGCUCCUCCUCUCCGUCCUGGCUGCGGGAGAAUCGCUUAUCGCGGAUAAAUCAGAGCCGCCCGUGAUUUCUCUGCUGUGUGUGGUCGGUAGUAGGUCACGAAACGUGUUUCGUGAAGUGUAAAGAAGAGCGGGAGGAGGAGAGACGAAGAUCUCUUUGUAAAGGAAAAAAAGAAGAAGAAGAAGGAAAGGAAAGAUGAAGAGGAAGAGGGAAGAGUUAGGUCGAAAUGGAACCGUCGGGUAUAGUAUCUGAGAUUCUAUGAUCAUUAUAGGAGAAACCGAAGCAACUUUAUGUACAGUUGUGAUAAUUUUAUGGUUGACCAUGUGAUAAUAAAUAUUGCGUUUGUAAAUAAAUACGGGACACACGAUAUCGCCUUAGUUCGUUCGAAUAUAUAUUGUACAGAGCUGUUUAAGUACGGGUUUUAUCUUAUAUAGACGAGGGAAAGGAUUUCGAGGAUAUUGUUGAGAUUGAUUUGAAUUGUAUAUCGAAAUGUUACAGCGAUUCUAUAGUAUAUACAUACAUACGUAUACACAUAUAUAUAAAACGACGAUUGUUGUAAUUAUUUCUUCGAGAUUCUCCGCGAGCGAGGGAGAAAUUUUGAAGGGGGAGGGGAGUGAGGAGAGGUCUGAUUAAGAGGCGAUUAAGAGAGACAAUGGACCCGGUUCUCCAAACUGGGCCGAGAAAACAGGUACUUCGGUACGGCACCAUCCACUAACGUUUUUUUUCUUUUUUUUUUUUUUAAGAAGCGAAAGAAGAAGCGGGUUUACGCGAUAAGUGUAGCGAGGAGGGAGAAAAGAGGAAGACGAGAAGAGUGAUAAUUAAAGAAAAAGAACGAGUGAAACGGGGAGCGAGCGGAAAUAAAAAGUGGAAAUGAAAGAGAAAAUUUGGAAAUAUCAAAGCGAUUUUGCUCUGGUCUAUUACGUUGUGCUACUACGAAUUGCCUGUUUUUACAGCAACCCCGAAAACUCUAUCGAUUUAGCCCGAUCGAUCGAUCGAUUCGAGUCAAUCGAUCGUUCGUGAAACCGUUCAAGAAGGAAUAUACGAGUACCACGAUGUAUACUGACAUUAAACGAAAAAGAACUAUCAGUAUAUUACGACUUUGUUUUAUAAAAGAAAGACGAGAAAAAAAAAUCGAAUCGAAA